GCUGUGACGAGGCGCCGUUGACAUCCGACUUGCGAGAUGGUCAUGGCAGCCAUCCAUCCAACUUACCUACACUACCCCUCACAUUCAAAGCUGUCCUUCACGCUCAGAACCGAAGAUGCAGCCAGAUCUGAACCACCUCGCAAUGCUGACGAGUGUCUUUCUUUCGCUGGCCUGGCUCGCCAUCCUGGUGAAAGGCGAUAUGAAAGUCAUCGGCUUCUGCUAUGCCACCGCGGGCUGCAAUUCUUCUGCUAGUCAGGUUCUCUACGACCCCGUCAAACACUUGGCCGCCCCUAUGGGCAAAUGUGAUGCGUUCAAAAACACCUGGAUAAAUACCGUCAUCCUCGGUUGGCACAAUUGCAACUGGGGCUUCAGGCCGGCAAGCGUUGGCGAAUGUGAAGUCGGGGGGGAUGAUGGUCCCUUUCACUUGAUCUGCAAGGCCUAGGUUGCGACCAACCCACAAGUACUCGCAACCGCGUGAAACACUGCCGCAGUCCAUGCCAUCUCGAAGGGAUUUCCAACGUCAGGAACUUGCCCCUCUUCUCAAGCGCUUGUUGCUGCGGCUCAUAUCCAUCUCUCCGCCAGCUUCUUGUCUCUUCCUCAUGU